AUGCAUGCCGACGGGAAACUUGUUUGCGUCACAGGAGCCGGUGGCUACAUUGCUUCUUGGAUCGUUAAGUUACUCUUGGAGAGAGGCUACACCGUUAGAGGAACCGUACGCAACCCAUCUGAUCCCAAGAACAACCACCUCAGAGAGCUUGAAGGAGCCAAAGAAAGACUAACUCUUCACAGUGCUGAUCUUCUCGACUACGAAGCUCUUUGUGCCACAAUAGAUGGCUGCGAUGGCGUUUUCCAUACCGCUUCUCCGAUGACUGAUGAUCCCGAGACAAUGUUGGAACCGGCUGUGAACGGAGCUAAGUUCGUGAUAGACGCGGCUGCUAAAGCCAAGGUGAAGCGUGUUGUGUUCACAUCAUCCAUCGGUGCUGUUUACAUGAACCCUAACCGUGACCCUCAAACCAUAGUCGACGAAAGUUGUUGGAGUGAUCUUGAUUUCUGCAAAAGCACAAAGAAUUGGUAUUGCUAUGGGAAGAUGGUGGCGGAACAAUCAGCAUGGGAGACGGCAAAGGCUAAAGGUGUGGAUUUAGUGGUGCUAAACCCGGUUCUAGUUCUUGGACCACCGCUCCAGUCAGCGGUCAACGCUAGCCUAGUCCAUAUCCUCAAGUACCUCACCGGCUCAGCCAAGACUUAUGCUAACCUAACUCAGGUCUAUGUGGACGUCCGUGACGUUGCACUAGGCCAUGUUAUGGUCUACGAAUCAUCCACUGCCUCAGGCCGUUACAUCCUCGCUGAGACGGCGCUUCACCGCGGUGAGGUUGUUGAGAUUCUUGCUAAAUUCUUCCCGGAGUAUCCGCUUCCCACCAAGUGUUCGGACGAGAAGAAUCCGAGAGCAAAGCCAUACAAGUUCACUACUCAAAAGAUAAAAGACUUGGGGUUGGAGUUUACACCCAUCAAGCAAUCUCUCUACGAAUCUGUCAAGAGCUUGCAAGAGAAAGGCCAUCUUCCUCUUCCUCAAGAUUCGCCUCAAACAACGUCUUAA